AUGAGUGCACCUGCAGGCCCAACAAUCAAAACAUUCUGGAAACAAGGUUUGUUCCUAUCGGCAGUUGCCGUAAUAGCCGCAUAUUCCGUUAAACAGAACGUCACUAUUCGUCGGAAAGCUCAAUAUGUGAAGGAGGCUUCAUCGUAUGAUUCGUUGAUGCAAGAGAGAGUUCGAGAGAGGUCUGGUGAUACCAUUUCCACAGUGAAACCUGGGUUUCCAUUACAGAAGGAGGGAGAGAGUGACUAUCAAAGAAAAAGCGAGUAUGAGGGUGCUGGUUUGAGUUACAGGUCUAGAAGAACUGGUGAUAAAUUUACUUGGUCUCAUUUUUUCACAGAUUAUUCAAAGGAUGAUAAAAAGAAAAAUGAGUGA